AUGCAGCGAAGCUUCAAUAUUCUCACAUCGCCUCUUCCCACCCCGCCGCCACUUGAAGUCCAACUUGAGCAGCGUGGUGUAAAGAUCACUUGGACCCAUGAGCGCCACGAGAGCUUCUAUGACUGGGCCUUCAUCACGCGUUAUCUUGAAGGCCAUGCCAGACCCAAGCUCCCCAGAGAACCUCAGCUCUGGGGUGCCGAGAUCAUGCAGGACCCACCGACUGUGAAAUACGGUGAAGUCAUGGACUCUGAAGGUGGCAUAGGCAAGAUGACAAGCCUUAUUAUGAAGUUUGGGCUCGUGUUUGUCGAGGACACGCCGUUCGACGACUCGAUCCACACCAAGAAGCUCUUGGAGCGCAUCGGGCCCAUUAGGGAAACCCACUACGGCGGCUUCUACGACUUCAUCCCAGACAUGGCAAAAGCAGACACGGCAUACACCAACAUAGCGUUGGCCGCGCAUACCGACACCACUUAUUUCACAGACCCAGCCGGGCUGCAAGCCUUUCACCUCCUGUCUCAUACGCGGUCCCCGGACGAGCCAGAUGCCACCGGGGGAGAGUCGUUACUUGUUGACGGUUUUCAUGCUGCCAAAGUACUAAGGGAAUCUAGCAAAACUCAUUUCAGGACCUUGGCCCAGAGAACUAUUCCGUGGCACGCUAGUGGCAACGAAGGAGUCACCAUCACCCCAGAGAAACUGCUUCCUGUUCUCAUGGUCGGGAAGGAUGGCGAAUCGGUGUAUUUGGUCAGGUGGAAUGCCGACGAUCGAGGUGUGCUGCCUCUGAAGAACCCCAAGACUGAUUCGAUCCACGGAAUGCAGUGGUACACUGCCGCAGCCAAGUGGGAGAAGAUCCUCAGAAGCAAGGAAUUGGAGUACCGGUUCCAGCUGAGGCCAGGGACGACGGUAAUCUUCAACAACCACAGGGUUCUGCACGGCAGGACCGCCUUCACGGGGCUGAGAAGAAUCUGCGGUGGCUACAUUAGCAUGGACGACUUCCUGUCUCGCUGGCGAAACUCAAAUCUGCCCCGAGAAGAGGUGCUGGCCCAGGUGAUUGGAUAA